AGACGCUGUGCGGCGGUUAUCUGGCUGUAGGCGAGGAGAGCUAGAAACAGCCGCAGCUCCCUUUGCCGACGGGUUGAUCGAGGGAGUGAAUGUCUGUGUGAGUGUGAGAGUGUGUGUGUGAGUGUGUGUGUAUGUGUGUGUGUGUGUGUGAGAGUUUGGGUCUGUGCAAAUGUAGAUGCUGCAUGGGCUGCAACCAGAGCUGCUGCUGUUGCUGCUGGUGAAUAAUGCAGACAGGGGAACGGAGUUUGGAUAGCAUGCGGGGAGAUUAAUAAUGCAUCCUGCCGGGUUACAUUAGUUAGUUUUGCUGGAACCUGUAGCUGUCUACUGUCUGCUGUCUGCCUGCCUGCUUGACUUACUGACUCCCCGCCUACCUUUCUGCCUGACUGGCGGACUGUCUGACUUAGUCUGAAAAUGUCUCACUACCAUUUCAUCAAAUGCUGUUGUUUCCAGCUAUGUAAUGUCUUUCGUCAGAACAUGGAGAUAGACCAGUGUCUGCUGGAGUCUCUCCCCAUUGGCCAGCGCCAGCGGCUGGUCAGGAGAAUGCGCUGUGACCAAAUAAGGGCGUACUACGAGAGGGAAAAGAGCCUUCAGCGCCAGCAAGGUGGAGUCAAGGCUCGAGCCCCGGCCGCCAACCGCAAGAAGCGCCGCGUCCGCUUCGGCCUCGCCGAUGUCGUACAGGAUGCGAUCAUUCGCCAUGACGACAAAGAAGUGUUGUGUCUCCUGAAGGAGGGAGCCGACCUCAACACUCCCAUUUCUUCUGGGGGAUCCUUGCUUCACCUGUGUGCUCGCCAUGACAAUGUGUUUGCGGCGGAACUUCUGAUUGAGCGAGGCCUAAAUGUCAACCUGCAGGACGAAGACCUGUGGACAGCCCUGCAUGUAGCGUGUGUGUGUGACCAUGCAGACGUGGUGCUGCUACUGCUGCUGGCCGGGGUGAAUGUUCUGCUGCAGGACGUCAACGGAAACAUUCCUUUGGACUACGCCUCCGAGGGAACUGAGACCAGCUACAUCCUCCGAAAACACCUGGAGGAAAAUGGAGUGGAUGUUUCAUCCAUGCACGCAAUGAAGACACAGAGAUCCAGCAAGAUGCUGUGUGAUGUUAGACAGCUUGUAGCCACGGGGGGAAGCCUCAACCAGCCCAAUGAUGACGGGGUCACUCUGCUCCACAUAGCAUGUGCCAGUGGUUAUAGAGAGGUGGUGUCUGUGUUGUUGGAGAGUGGGGCGGACCCUCAUCCUACUGACAACAACUUCUGGACCCCUCUGCACCUGGCUGCUAAAUAUGGACAGACAAGCAUCGUUAGCCAGCUCCUGAGGCAGAGAGCAAACCCGACUCUGUUGAACUGCAACCAAGACAAGCCCUCCGAUAUUUCCGCGUCAGAGCCCAUAGCGGAUAUGCUGCUGAAUGCGGAGGAGAGCUGGCUGCAGAGACUAAAGGACCCCUCCGCUCCUCUACCCUCCACUGACCAACGCUAUGAUGGCGGCUCACACGACCUCAACACUCCUGUCAAGAACUUGAACCCCCUGGGUCUCUCCAUCUCGAAGCGGGACAGUCUGCUGGAGAAGUGUGCCAUGUUCAGAGAGGCAGGUGGAGCACUAAGCCGACAGCCCUCACAGGACAAUGGUCUGGAUGGCCCCUUUAACUCCGGAGCCAGCAAACUGGAGCAGGUCAAGCUGAUGCCUCCAGCUCCCAAUGACGACCUGGCAUCCCUCAGCGAGCUCACUGACAGCAGCCUGCUCUAUGAGAUGCAGAAGCGCUUUGGCAACGACCAAAUCUACACUUACAUCGGACACAUCCUUCUGCUGGUCAAUCCAAACAAAGAGCUGCCCAUCUACUCCACUUUGGUCAGUCAGCUGUACCUUAGCUCCACGGGUCGCCUGUGCUCCUCUCUGCCUCCUCACAUCUUCUCCUCAGCAGAAAGAGCUUACCACAUGAUGCUGCAGGAGAGACGCCCGCAGUGUUUCAUCUUGAGUGGUGAAAGUGGUUCUGGGAAAACGGAGGCCUAUAAGCACAUAGUGAGACACCUGACAGCCCGCUCCAGCCCCAAAGGCUUUGCCCUGGAGCCCAGAAUGAAACACGUGAACUGUAUUCUGGAGGCUUUCGGUCAUGCAAAGACUCUGAAGAACAACAACUCAAGCCGCUUUAUAAAGCUGUUGACCAUCCAAUACUGUGACAAGAGGAGGACGCUGCUCAGAGUCUUGCCCAUAUUCUCCAUGGGGACCGAGCUCUAUGGAUACUGGAACCAGAUCAAUGUGGUGCAUUCUCUCUCUGUGAAGAGGCAGACACAGUCUGUAUUAUAG